AUGAAUGAAAUUGAUGGAUGCGACGAUCGUCGUUACUGGUCACAACGUCUUGAAAACGUUUUAGAAGAUCGCAAUGCAUUGGAAGCGUUUAAAAAAUGGAUGAAAAGUGAAUCUGCUUUUUUUGAACAUCCAAUUAAUUUGCAUUUUGCUAUUAUCGCUUAUAAUAAAGUUGCGCAGACUGCUUCGUUCCGUUUCUUCCAGUAUUUUAUGUGUCCUUGA